AUGUCUUUAUCAUCGAAAGAUAUUAAUCUCAUUUUAAAUUUUCUUAAUGAAGAUACAUGUGGUUCAUCUUUAACAUUUGAACAAAUCUCAGCACAAUUUCAACAUAAUAUAUCGAAAUCCGAUUAUUUACGAGUUGGAAACGCUCUUGUACUUUUAUUACAAAAUCGUGAUUUAAUUCCAACACCACAACAACGUUUAAUUAUACUUUUUCUUUUUAAUGAUAUGUAUAAAAGUGAACAACAAUCUAUACAUAUGAAUCCAUUUGCACCAGUAUUUAUAUCAAUAUUACAAAAUAAUAAUGGAGAAAAUUUAUCAACACAAAAGCAUUUUCAUUGGUUCAUAUCACCUGUAACACAACAUGAACGCUGGUUUGUUAAAACAUUAAUUAAUAAUAAUAAUAAUAAUAAAGAUUUGAUGAAAAAAACGCCCAAUCAAAUAUUACAAACAGGUUUACCAGCAACUAAAGAUGAUAAUGGAAAAGAAGAAUUAAAAGAAAAAAUUCAAGAACGUUUACAACAAUUACCUGUUCUUGGUCAAUGUCAUUUAUCAGCUGUUAUUGAUGACCCAGAAGUUAAUUAUUAUGGAUUUGAUACACUUAUUGGUGGUCCACGUCAUCGUUCAAAUGAUAGUCGACAAACUAUUGAACGUUUAUUAUCAAAUAAUGCCAUGGAACAAACAAUUCAUCCAGAAUUUCUUCGUCUUGUUCCACCAUUACAUGAAUGUACAAUAGAUGAAUUAGUUUGGUUAUCACCUAUUGAUUAUGAUCCAACUUUAUUUACAUGGGAUUCAACAAUGUGUAUUGCAAAUACAAUAAAUCAUGAAAUUCGUCAAUUAAUGGAUAAAGCAUAUCAAGGUGCAUUAAAUUUACAACAACAACAAAAAUUAUUAGAUGAACUUGAUAAUGAUCAAACUCUUGUUUAUCAUAUUGGUCUUGUACCAUCAAAAUUACCUGUAUUAGUUGAAAAUAGUCCAUUAAUAAGUAUACAAUGUUUAUUAAAAUUAAUAUCAUCAAAUCAAAUGACAGAAUAUUUAUCAUCAUUACUUAAUAUGGAUAUGAGUUUACAUUCAAUGGAAGUUGUUAAUCGUUUAUCAACAUCAAUGGAAUUACCACAAGAAUUUCUUCAUUUAUAUAUAUCAACAUGUAUAAAAACAUGUGAAGAAACAAAAGAUAAAUAUUUACAAAAUCGUUUCGUACGUCUUGUUAGUGUUUUUAUUCAAUCGUUAAUACGUAAUAAAGUUAUUGACAUAAAAGAUCUUUUUUUGGAUAUUCAAGGUUUUUGUAUUAAUUUUCGUCAUAUUAGAGAAGCAGGUGCACUAUUUCAACUUGUUAAAUCAUUUGAUGUACGAAAUAAUGAUAAUAAUGAAACAAUAACACCACCACCAACAACAACUACAGGGAUGAUCUCAACACCAUUGACAGCAAAUGAUGAAUGA